AAUUUAGAAAGAUAGGCGCGUGUGUUGAUAGAGCAGCGCGGCGGCCUUUUUGUCCCUCCGCGGGCACCGUAACCGUCGUAAUGCAUAAACCGGGACUGUGGCGCUGCGGCUUGCUGAGGCUUUAGACGGCGAGAUUUUGCUUUAACAACGCGCUUUGAAGAUGAGUCUCCGUAAACAGACUCCCAGCGACUUCCUGAAGCAGAUCAUCGGGAGGCCGGUGGUGGUGAAGCUCAACUCGGGCGUGGAUUACCGAGGUGUCCUGGCCUGCCUGGACGGCUACAUGAACAUCGCGGUGGAGCAGACCGAGGAGUAUGUCAAUGGCCAGCUGAAAAACAAAUACGGCGAUGCCUUCCUCAGGGGGAACAACGUGUUGUACAUAAGCACCCAGAAGAGGAAGAUGUAAUGAAGAAGCGUUAUUUUUUUUCUCCAGUUUUGUGUCUCAGUUGAGGAUUUCUGAAGAACUCGUAUUUGUGUGAGCAAAGAUGGUUCAGUUGUUUGCCUGUUUUGUUUUUUUUUUUUUAUUAAAAGAAUGAAACUUC